AUGGAAUUCCUCCCAAACUACAUCCUGGUGCUCUAUGGUUUGGCCUUCCUCGCUGGGCUACCAUUGAAUGGCUACUGGACGGCCAGCGCCAUUUGGUUCCUGAACCGGGCCAUGUGCGAUUUCAUUUUCAUCUUCUGCCUGACCCUCAGAUUCAUCCUCAUCUUCUCUCGGCAUGUAGACUGGGCCUGGAGGCUGAGCAGCUCCAUCACCUCCAUGCACAUGUUCUCCAGCGCCUUCCUCCUCAUGGACAUCAGCGUCCAUCGCUGCAUCCUCGUGGCACGGCCUGAGUGGGCCCAGAAAUGCUGCACGGCCUCCCUGGCCCGCUGGGUGUCUCUGGGCACACUAGUCCUGUCUGUUGGGUUCAGCUGGAGGUACAGUGACCUCUGGGAAUCCCUCUUCUCACCUCCUAGCACAAGAAUGAGUUUCCAAAUGGAUCUAGAGAGGGCGAAGGCCGCCAUCGCAAUCCAGUUCCUGACUGGGUUUCUCAUCCCAUUAGCCUUGAGUGUGAUCCCAACCUUCUGCGUCGUUCACACUGCCAGGCGGGGAAGGAACCGGCUGAUCCAGGCCACCCAGCCGCUCAAGAUCCUUCUCGGCUUGAUCCCGACCUUUAUCCUGUGCUGGCUGCCGUAUCACGUCUUCUUCUUCAUGCAGCUCUCAGCUAUGCCCUCUCGGCCUUUUCUGGAAAUAGGCUGCGCAUUUACUUACGUCCUGACAUACGUCAACAGCUGCCUCAACCCCAUCUUCUACCUCACCAUGGAGGAAGAGUUUCUGAGAUACCGACAACGUGCUCGCAACCCCCACACCACCGAUCACUUGGAGCGGAACCAGACGACUAGCCCCAUCCCUCCAGCCCUCCCCACCAGGAGUUGCACCCAGUAG